AUGGCCGGUAAUUCACCUAGUUCAGUAGCUCUGUUAAAUUUCUUUGUCUUCAAUACAGAGUACGGACCAAAGGAAGGAGAAGAACAUAAAAAAAUAUUGUACUUUUACCCACCAGAGGUAGAUCUUGACACAAAAAUAAAACGUAUUGGACUCAGUGAAGCAGUCGUGAAAUUUGCUGACACCUUUUCUGAUAAACCCUGCCAAAGUCUGCACACACAAAAAGCACGGCAAGUGUUUUUUGAGCCAGAGCCAUGUUUUUGGAUGGUGAUGAUGGCAUCCAUUCCUUACAAAGAAAAAUUAAAAGAUGGACAGGUGGUCACAGAAUACAGGGAUGAUUAUGUGCAGGACUCUAUAUUAGAAUCAGUUCUGAAACAGGCAUACAAGAUGUUCAAGAUUUUUAAUGGCACAUUCACAACAAUCCUCAUGCGAGCUAAUGGAGAAGUAGAGUCAUUGAAACAAAGAUUAGAUCACUUCUACAGCAAGUAUCUGCUGACACUGAAGCUGCCUCAGGCUGAUAUACUUGAUGUAUUUAAUGGAAUUCACUUCCUACCUUUGGACAAGAACACCUACCUUCGAAUCCAGUGCUUCAUCAACAGUCUGGAGGCAACAUUCCCUUUCGUGAAAUAUACAGCUUUCCUUUACAAUGAAAAACUUGUCUGGAGUGGCUUGGAGCAGGAGGACAUGCGUAUCAUGUAUAAAUACUUGACCACCAGCUUAUUCCCAGCCUAUAUGGAGCAGGAGCUGCAGGGAACACAGAACAGACCUCCCAGUGGAAUUGGGCACUACGGCAAGUUUAUGACCGGCCCGCCUGAUUUAAGCAAUGAUCGUAACAUGGGAAAGCUGCCUCGUGUCUUUGUGAACACAGAAGAAAUCGAUGAAGAAUGCUACCUGAUGGUGUACACAGCCUUGAGUGCCACAAUAUGCAUGCUUGUUAAUGUGAAGAGUCCACUAAAUGUUCCACUUUGUCGAAAAUUGGAUACUUUUCUUGGACCAAAAAUGACCAAGUUGGCAACAGACAUCAGUGAGCAGUACAGCAAGAGAGUUGCAGCUCUGAACACUACAGAUCCAGUCUUCAAGUAUGUUUAUUUUAACCAUAUGAACCUGGCACAGCAGACUACCGUACAUAUUGACCUGCAGAAAAGGUCAGGGGUUAACAUUCCUCCGGAUAUUCUACGCUUGCUAGGUGACAUCAAUGCUGACCUCUCAAGAGGGAAUGAAGAUGGUGAGACAGUUGUGAAAACAAAUUCAGACUAUUGGGUAGUUGGCAAGAAAUCUGAUCAAAGAGAGUUCUAUGUAGUCAUCAAUCAAAGAAAUGCCAACUUAAUUGAGAUCAACGAGGAAGUGAAGAGGUUGUGCACCACCUACUUGAACAGUAUAUUCUUUCUGGACUAA